AUGCCGCGUAUAUCGUUCACGGUUAAUCACGAAUAUGCGAGAAUAAGCGAACUGAUUCCCGGUCUGAUGAUUUGUGGAGUUAGCGAAUUGACAUUAGAUAAUAUGCUAAAACAUCGUGUAUCACAUAUUGUCAAUGCAACAUCUGAGGUUCCAAAUUUUCGCUUUCUUGGCAAUAUUCAGCGCACUAAAUUGUGGUACGAUGAUACACCACAAACCUAUAUUUUUCCGGAUUUGGACUUGGUCACUGACCAAAUUCACUCGAUUAUCCAUGAUGGAGGCCGAGUGUUAGUGCACUGUGUCGCUGGUGUUUCCAGAUCUGCAACAGUAUGUUUAGCCUACCUAAUGAAAUACCACUGUCGUUCGCUUCGUGAUGCAUAUCAUUUGAUGUGCCGAACUAGACUCCGAGUUAGGCCAAACAUUGGAUUUUGGAGACAGUUAAUUGCCUACGAACAGUCUGUGAAAAAGACUGUUGGGUCUGUGAGGCUGAUUUAUGACGAAGCACAAGAAGAGCGUAUGAUACCCGACGUCUAUUUAAGGUUGAUUAUUGCCGAAAGACCACAGAAUGCCGUUACUCAAGACAACGGUAAUCGUGUUAAAGACGAAGGUCGUACCAGACGUGGUUCCGGAACCCGACCAAGAUUUCAGCCAGUUUUGGAGCCACUUCCAGAAAAUUUGGAAGCAUUUGCAUAA